AUGUUAUCACAACAAUCCAGAGCAGCGCUGUCUCGUCUCCAUCUUUCAGCUUUUGGCCUCUCAAGGCUGAGAUUAAAGAGUGGGAGACCCCUGUGUCGCGGUGCAAUAUCGAACUUCACACGGCCUAUGGCCGGGCAGCCGCAUGUAAAAGAAAGGCUGCCUAGGAGUGAGAAAGCCCGUGAUCGAUUCCGAGAGUUCUCUCUUGCAGGAAAGGUAUUUGCAGUGACGGGUGGUGCAAGGGGGUUGGGGCUGUCGAUGGCCGAGGCAUUGGUCGAAGCUGGCGGACGAGUAUACUGUCUCGACAGGCUUUCUGAACCAGAUGACGAAUUCCAUGCAGCAGAAGAACGCGCAAACCCCGAUUUCGGAGGAUCUCUACACUACCGCCGCAUGGAUGUAACCGACGAUGCAAACACCGAAGCCGUGAUGGCUGACAUCGCAGCACAAAACAAUCGCCUAGACGGUCUCAUUGCAGCUGCAGGGAUAAAUUACGUUGCUAGUGCGAUUAGCCACACACCUAAGAAUGUUAACGACGUGAUCCACAUCAACUACACCGGCGUCUUUCGCAGCGCUGUGGCAGCUGCGAAAGCGAUGCUAGAGAUGAAGUGCCACGGGUCCAUCCUCCUUGUGGCAAGUAUGAGCGGUAUCAUUGCCAACAAGGGCAUGGAGUCUGCCAUAUAUAACUCGUCCAAGGCUGCAGUAAUCCAGCUGACGCGGAGUCUAGCAAUGGAGUGGUCUGAGGUUAGGGAUAAUGGUGCGGGCGGGAUCCGGGUGAACUGUCUCUGUCCUGGGCAUAUAGAGACACCAAUGGCAAAGAUGGUUAUGGAGAAGGAUCCCAAUACUAGGGAGCUGUGGAGAUCAGAAAAUAUGAUGAAGCGGCUAGCAAGGCCGGAGGAGUUUAGGGGCAUUACCUUGCUGCUCAUGAGCGAUGCAUCGAGCUUCAUGACCGGUAGUACUGUGAUUGUCGACGGUGGGCAUACUGCUUGGUAA